AUGCUUAUUGAUCAUCAUGGCAUUCGACUAUUUCAUUUAAUUAUUUUAAGUCAUUUAUUAAAAUAUGGUAUUACAUUAACUGCAUUAUCUGAUUUAGCGUUAUCACCAAAUCUAUGUACAAGUAUAUCUCUGCACAAUCAAUCAUUUGGUGUUAUACAUAGUUUAAACUUUUAUUCUGGUCAAUCUCAACCACCAAAUGUAUCAUGUUCAUGGAUAAUUAGUAAUCCUCAAGCAUUGAAAUGGUCAAAUUAUAUUCUUUCAUUGCGUGUUAUUGAAUUAGAAAAUGAUCCAAUACAUUGGUUCAAUGAAUUAACAUUUUGGACUGGUAAUAGACAAAUAUCUAUUGAUGAUAUUAAUAAACGAACAUAUGUUUUAUCAACAUCAUCAUCAAUACAGAUAUUUUUUCGUACGAAGCCACCUCUAUUGCAAACAUUUAAUCCAUAUAUUCGUACUAAUUUACGUAUUCGUCGAUUUUUAAUUGAAUUCAUUCAUAUUAAUAAUGAUUUUAUAUUAACAACUAAUGAAAAUUAUUUUCGUUGUUUAUCUAGUGGAAUACUCAUACCUAAACAAUGGAGAUGUAAUUGUAUAUACGAAUGUUCAUAUGAAGAUUACAGUGAUGAAGAUAAUUGCCCAUUAUGUUCAACGUACGAACCAUCAAACAGUUUAUUAUGUCAAGCUAAUGAAAAUUGGUGUUUACCCGAUGUAUCAAAAUCUUUCAGUGAUAAUUUAAUUCAAGUAGAAUAUGAUGAAGAUGACUGGAUGGCAUCACAUGUAAAUUAUAGUCGAAAAAUGGAUCCAAAAGGCAUUUGUAUUCCACAUGAUGAAUAUCAACAAUGCUCCUACUCAACAAAUACAUCACAUUGCGAAAGAAUUCUUGCAUGGCGACAAGAUCAUGGUCAAAUUUUACUUAAUAAUUUGCUUCUUGAUACUUAUCAAUCACUAUGUUUUGUUAUAAUAGCAAAAGAACAAUAUAAAAUAAAAUUAUUUAUAAAUCAAAAUCAAUUUCUUGAACAGCGAUCUGAUUUUGAGUUCAUUAUCUAUGAUGGAAGUGAACAACAAAAUAAAAUUCUUGCUUCAUCAAGUUGGUUUUCGAGUAAAGAAAUUCUUCAAACACGCCAAAAUUAUAUAGCAACUAUUGUUGUUCGAAAACGUUCAAUUCAAUCAUUAUCAAUAACAGCUAAUCAACACGAUGAUGAUGAUGAUGUUGUCGGAUAUUUAGACACAAAGAAAAACAUUCAACGACGUGAUACAAAUUCAGUUCUAUUAAACAUAACAUGGUUAACAAGUAUUUGUCCAGAUGAUCAACGAUUAUGUGGUGGUCAUUUUGAGACAAAAUGUUAUACCAAACAACAACGAUGUGAUGGUAUUUGGGAUUGCAUUAGUGGCGAUGAUGAACUUGGCUGUUCGCCAGAAUCAUGUCCAACAACGUUCGCAUGUAAUGAUCGUUUACGUUUGCCAACAGAUCAACCGAGAUGUUUUACAUGGUCAGAACGUUGUAAUGGAAAUUCAUUUUGUGCUAAUCGUACCGAUGAAAAAUUGUGUUCGAGUUGGUGGUGUAAUUCAAAUAAUGGAACAUUUUUAUGUAAAAAUUUAAAUUGUGUUUAUGAAACAUGGGUUUGUGAUGGUACUGAUGAUUGUGGUGAUCAUUCUGAUGAAGUGAAUUGUCCAUCACGUUUACCUCGCCGUAUCGUAACAGCUGCAGUUAUUGGCGCCACUGUUUGUUCAACAUUAUUUAUAAUUGCACUUGGUUGUACAUGUAAAUUAUUUCAUUUACGUACAGCUGAACGAUGUGCUACAUCACGUUUACUUAAUCCGCAACGUUAUAUUGAGCAACGUCGUCAAGAAAUACAACGUGAACAAGAACGACGUUUACAUCGACAUAGUCGUCUACAGACAUCAAUAACAUCUACAGAUAAUGUAGCAUUGAUAGCAAAUGAAGCAAGUCGUAUUGCACCACCUUCUUAUAAUCAAACAAUGGGCCUGGUGGAUGAAAAUGAAGAAAGACAGGCAGCACUUGCUGAACAUUUAAGACUUGCAGGUCUAGCUAAUUAUAUUACAUUGCCGCCUGUGCAUAGUAGCAGUAGUUCAAGAACAUCGAGAUCGACAUCAAGACAUCGACAUAGAAGACAUCGUAGACAUCGACAUCAUCAUCAUCGACGAGCCAAUAGUGAAGGUUCGCGUGUUGCUUUACUUGAACCAAGUGUUGUAGUUCCCAAUAAUGCUUUUCCUAUACCGUCUACAUCGUUUUCUUCCAAUCGUUUAAAUCGAUUUCGUUCUCAACUUUGUUCAUUGUUUGCUGCUAAUCCUACGACUCCCAAUCAUAAUAACUAUAAUAACAGUAUUCUUAGCAAUUCUAUAUCAAAUCAAUUCGAUAUUUAUGAACAGCAUAAUCAACAAACUUCAGUACAACCGAUUAUUCUUAGUACUCGAUCAUAUUUUAAUUCAGAUUUUAUGCAACCACGAGAACUUCCACCACCCUAUUCAGAAGAUCAAUCAAUAUCGUCAAAUCCAACAACAAUUAUAAAUAGUCGGCGUAGUAGUAUCGGUGUUGUUGUGGGUGGUGGUGGUAGUGGUAAUGGUAAUGGUAGUGGUAGUGGUAGUGAUCAUGAACCAACAAAUUCUACUAAUACAAUAUCAUCAUUGUAUCGUAUUCGUAAACAACAAAUACCUAUCAAUACAUUACGUGAUCGUAUGAGACAAUUUAUAACAAAUUCAACAGUACGAGAUGAUUUAACUCAUUCAAUACAGCCGACUACAACAACAUCAGAAAUGAAUUUCGAAGAACAGCCACCUGUUGCAUCUAUGGAAGACGAUGAACAACCAAGUAGUGAUGACGACAAAAUGUUAACGCAUUAA